AUCGCCUUGGCGGGCAGGGGCUGGCUGGAGUCCGAGUCCGAGCCCUACGUGCAGCAAGCGUCACUGUGGGAGAGCUGCACGCGGGGCGAGGAGGACCUCAACUGGAGCUGUGAAUCCCUCAUGGACUAUGGAUGGGGGAGGGCAGCAGCUGCCACAUACCUUGUUGGCUUUGUGAUCCUGGUCAUCUGUUUCGCCCUCGCAGUCAUCGCGUUCUCAAUUGAGAUACUCCGCUUCAACUUCGUGCGAGGAAUCGGAGGCUUGCUCUUUGUUGUUGCUGCAUUCCAGAUCAUAGGCUUGGUCAUCUACCCAGUGAAAUUCACAGAAGAAAUUCCACUGACAGGAGAUAAUAUGUUCAGCUGGGCCUAUGGCUUUGGUUGGGCCAGCACUGUUGUUGUGAUUGGUUGUGCUUUCUUCUUCUGCUGCCUCCCCAACUGGGAAGAUGAAGUCCUGGGAAACAUCAAGCCUACCUAUUACUACUCCUCCCCAGAGAGAGCACCGUACUUAAAUUGAAAGAUUAAAUCCAAGUACAGUCAACUGUCAAAACAAGAGGAGCACUUCUGAUGUAAAUCUGGUGCAAUUACAAACUGAAAAGAACUGACCUUAUUUCUUCAGAGUAUUUCUUGCUAGCCCUGGCAAUAAAUUAGUAAAAACAUUGGCAUCUUUAAGCAAAUAGCUUUUACCUAAAGUAUUAUUUACGUAUUCUCAUGUCAAUUCUGUCUGGGUGGUUUACUUGCUCCUUCCCCUCCCAACUAAUUGAGUCAUCAUUUAUUUUAUUCAAACAUUUGCUUAUGAAUAAAGAUGUAGUGUUUCAAGUUUAGAAAGUAAGAGGAGAAAUUUUAAACAACCCAUUAGAGGGACCUGCAAAUUAUUUUGUUUUCACUUUUGACAAAAUUGCCUUAAAUGGAACUAGGAAGAAAAUCCAGCCUUCUGAAGAGUGCUUUCUUUU